GGACUCUUAUCUUAGCGUUUCCGCUGUCAGUCAGGGGAGGAAAUGUUUGCGCGAAAACAGAUUUUAUAUUUGAUUAAUUCAGAUAAAAAGAAAAGAAAACAAACAAAAACCCGAAAACGAAGACAAGAAGUCGAUGGAUGAACAGCUUGAGCUUUAGCGCUCGGCUCAUCAUGUCGUCUGUAGGAGACACUGAGGUGUUCAUCCCGAGUGAGGCGUGUGUCAUCACCGUCCCCGUGAACUCGCUGCCUUCGUCCAUCACCAAGAAAAUGUCCGCAUGUCCCGUUCACUCCGACCGACCGGCCACGUUCAUCUCCCCUGUAGAGCUGAGGGAGAAAGGGACGGUGCGGAAAUCACGACCUUUGACCCCGGGACAGUUCUUGCUGCCGGUCGUGACCUCUAACAGCAAAGCUUUCAAGAUGCUCCAGGAGUUUCUACACUCAGGUGAGAACUCGCUGCAGGUUUCUGAUGAGAACUCACGAGCGGGUUCUGCGUUCUCCAAAAGGAAGAACUCCAUCAUUCUGUACGACACACAGAUUUUCCUCAUUGUAAGAAAAGCCAAGGCACCUGAUUGGCCCCUGGAGCAGCGAGACUCCACCCCCUAUCAGUGUGAAGCCCCACCCCUGAAUUCACCUGUAAAGACGAAUGGAGGAAGUGACAUCACUGAGGGGCGGAGUAAAGAAGGUCUAGGUGGAGCAGAGGAUGAUGGGAAAUGUGCAGAGAAGCGAAGUGGUGAUGUGAUGGAGCGUGAAGCGGAUGAUGAUGUCACUGACAGGAAGUGGAGUAAAGAUGGCGAUGGUGCUGCGGAGGAUGAUGGGAAAUGUGCAGCAGAGGUGUUAAAGGAAGGAGAAGCUGAUGUGAUGGAGGACAGAGAGGAAAAUGAAACGCCGACAAAAGACGCGAGCACGAACACGCCGAGCUCUAUGGACAAGAUCAUAAAGCUGGAGGAGGAGAGCGGCGUUAGUGCUCCGGUCGGUGAAGCUCAGAGCUCGUUGGCUAAUGCCAAGGAUUAUAAAGCUGGAGAAAGUCUGACGAGACGCGCUAACGAGACGAGAUCAGCUGCGGAAACUGGCACGGGAAGUGAAAAGAGUUCGUCUGAUCAUCUGAAACACAGUGAUGCUGAAACUGAAACUAGCGAAGCUAAAGCUAAAUGUUGCAAAGGUCUGAUUUUCCCCGGGUUACAGAGGGCAUCGUUAAUGGACGUAAGUGACGGUGAAGACAAAUGUGACGUUAAAGUUAAAACCAGCGAAGAUUCGGAUAAAACGAAAGCCUCCGUCAGUGAGAUCGUAGACGUAAACGACGGCGGUCGAGUUCCCAACGUAAACUCGGACGGCGAGGGCGCGGUCGUAACGCACGCUAGCAAAGUCGAGAAUUUGCUGCAAAAGUUUGAAAGCAUCAAACGAAGACUUAGCGAUUGCCUUAACUCGCAGGGUUCACCGCUUACGGUAAAAAAACCUAAACGUGAUGACGUCGUCGUCGUGGAAACGGGUGCCGAUUGCGACGACCUGAUAAUUGUCGAAAGUUGCGCGGAAGUUGAAAGACCGAUUCGACACGUAAGCGGCGAUAAAUGCCACGUCAAGAAGACGGGAGAGGGUGCAGUCGGUAAAGUCGCGAGCCCUUCGGCUGAAGCGAAAGGCUGCGAAAGCGACGUCGAGAUCGUAGACCUAGACGUAGACGACGGUCAGGUUUUACGCGGAAGUCCAAAUGGGGACGCAAAUCGAGACGUUGCAAAUUCUAAAAGUUGCACCGAGGCGAAGUCGGGGGCGAGUCCGAGUCCGAGUCCGAGUCCGAGUCUGUCUGGUAAAUGCUGCGAAAGCGAUGUUGAGAUUGUAGACCUUAACGAUGCCGAUGAUGUCAUCGUGAACGACAGAGAGAUCGCAAACGUACAACGACUCGAUGAGACGAAGUCAGACGUAGCGGCCGCCGGUCAGAUCGGCGAGGUUGACGGUUCGUCAGCUAAACGAUCUAAACGCGAUGAUGACGAUUCGAAUUUCUCGCCUGAGCGUAAACGUUUGAAACGUGACGUAGAUCCGGACUGUCGGGGUAAGAAUUCGAAUUGUGAAGUCGAGAUCAUCGAGAUUGAGGAUGAUGAUGAAAACAAGGGUGAAAAUGGCGAGGUCGGGAGAAACGGAGGGAACGCGGAGGAUUCGUCGGAGAACGCCAGCGGCCGUAAACGCGACGUGGAGAUCCCGGAGCCGCGCGGACCAGGCGACGGCGCCGAACGUCAGACAUCGUCGAAGCAGAUCGAAAGCCGUGAACGGCGCGUUUCCGAUGGCGACCGCACUGACUCGGGCGCUCGGGCUCAGAUUAUUGAAACUGAAGAUUCGUCAGAUAAACACUUUAAUUCGGCUAACGCUACGAAUCCGGACGAAACCUUCCCUGAAACCGAGAGUAGCGUGCGGCCGGACCCCCGGGAUGAGCUGAUAAAUAAUGAGGAUUCCUCCGAAGUUCACACUCGCGAAGCCGACAGUUUGUGCACUAAGAGCGGCGUGGAGAUCGAGAUCGUCCACAACGGCGAUCGGGUUCGUGACAGCGAACAGGAGCCGAAUGAAAACGAUUCGAAACCGACAAAUUCUAAAAACGGCGUUAAUGAGACGACGAUUCAGACUUUAGCCGCCGAGGGUCCGAUCGGCGAGGUUCAGGGUUCCGAUCGGCGCGAGAGCGGUCCCGAAAGCCGAGCGCUCGACCCGGGUCCGGACGUCCGGUUUGCAGAAGAGUCGGAGACAACCAAUCAGAGAGCACGCGGUGAGGGCGUGUUGCCCCGCCCCUCGUCUCCUCGAGCGAAUCAGGAGUUCGAUUACGUGGAGCUGAGUCGGGAGGAGAACAUCAGCCUGAUGAAAGCGCAGAUCAGGUUGAUGGAGGAGAAACUCCGACUGAUGGAGAUGAACCGCUGAAGGCGUUAAUUCAGUUCCGUCGAUUUAACAAAAACUGACCAGAUCCUCGUUCAGAGAAAUAAAGAGACUGUAACGAAGAGUUUAACUAAAUAUCAAUCUGAACACUUCCUUAUUGCUUCCGUUACAUUUCAUGCGCUUUAUUUUCUGUACAGUGAGCGUGAGUGUGUGAGAGAGUGUGUGUGUGUGUGUGUGUGUGAGUGUGUGUGUGUGAGUGUGUGAGAGAGUGUGUGUGUGAGUGUGUGUGUGAGUGUGUGUGUGUGUGUGUGUGUGUUUGUGUGUAUUUGUGUGUAUGAGUGUAUGUAUGAGUGUGUGAGAGAGUGUGUGUGUGAGUGUGUGAGAGCGUGUGUUUGUGUGUGAGUGUGUGUGUGUGUGUGUAUGAGUGUGUGUGUGAGUGUGUGUAUGAGUGUGUGAGUAUGAGUGUGUGUAUGAGUGUGUGUGUGAGUGUGUGUGUGUGAGUGUGUGUAUGAGUGAGUGUGUGUGUGUGUGUAUGAGUGUAUGUAUGAGUGUGUGUAUGAGUGAGUGUGUGUGUGUGAAUGGAAAAAAUAAAUAUUCUUCUGUUAAUAUUUUUGUUUACUGUGACUGUAAAAAAAGAUCAGAUAUUAUUUAUAUUAUAAUUUCACAUAAUCCAGAAUUAUUUAAUAAGAUUUAGAGAAGUUGAUGAUGAUGAUUAUUAUUAUUAUUAUUAUGAUUAUUAUUAUGAU